AUGGAAGCCAGGAUUGUCCUCAAGAUUUUGGUUUACAAUCUACACUCGAGGUCGCCGAAGCCGAAGGAUAUCAGAGAUGAGCUCCGCACACGACGACAAGAUAGAGAGCGUCACGAGCGUGAGACAGAGCAACGUCAACAAGAAGACGCUGCUGCAGCUCAGGCUGAGGCAGAGGAGAUAGCAGAAGCAAUUGGACAGAUCGAAGAAUUUGAACGACAGGAAAGCAUCCGACUCGCUGAAGAGGAGAGGCGAAGACAAAUCGAGGAAGAACUAAUUCUCGCACGACUCGAAGAAGAAAGACUGCUUGCAGAGAUUGCUAGACGAGAAGCCGAGGAGGAAGCAGAGCGACAGCUUCUAGAAAUCUUAUUGCACUCGUCGAAAGAAGAAUUGGGCUCGAUGGCAGACAAACUGCAGCAGAUAAUUAACUUCCAGCGCGCGGCGCUCUCGUCGACUCACAUGCGGCGUGAGCGGGCUAUCACCAAUGAGCAACAAGCAAGGAUGCUAGAGAUCACCAAGGAGAAUAACAGAUUAUCAGCCUGGCUUGACCAGAACGUCAGAAGACGUCAAGAAGCUCUACACAACAGGCACAACCAAGAACGGGAGCAGAUGAUCCAGCAAGUUGAACAGGAAGAAGACGACUUAUUCAUGGAGAUGACAAUGUACCUCCGCGAUAAACCCAACAGAGCCCAAAGAGAAAGCAAGAUGAGAGAAACUUUUCAAAAACAACAACAAGAUAAGCAAGAACAGCUCAUUAACAAACACAAACAAGAACGUGACAAGCUCGCCACGGGAACAGAACAUGAAUACGAAGGGCUACGGAAGUCGGUGCAAACUAAGAUGGAACCGAUCGAAAUUCGUUCAAAGGCUACCCUGAGGACUCUCGGCAACCAGAUAGGAUGUGAUCGUCGAUGGUUCGAGGUCAUCAGCGAAAGACGAGUGCAGAUGCUCACAAAGCAUGAGCUGAUCGUGAUUGAACAGGUCGGUACGGGACAAGAGCCAAUUGGUCUGACUGAGGAUGUGGCAAGUGGACUUCAGCCUCUGCCACGAAUUGAUGACACUGACGAUGAAGACGACGGCCAGCCUGAGUCGUCAGGAUCGAGGUAUGGUUUUGUUGAUAGCGACGCCACACCGGCACAGCUUCCACCACAAGUCGUCGAGACAGAGGAUCUCUACGGUGCAUCUCAGGAUUUCUUCGAGCUUUCGGGCUCCUCCUCAUUCCGACCCACUACUACUUCCGCAACCACAAACGCCAGCCCGCCUCUUUCGAGAAACUCUCGAUCCGGAACGGUCUCAGACCGCAUCCCAGGCGCAUUCCCACCUUCAGAAGCAGGACCCAGCAAAACACCAACCUUGCCUAGAAACGCAUCCAAACACCACUCAUCUACCAUUCCAAAAUCCGCAGCAAUGUCCAUGUACGGCGUGAUGGCUAUGUCCUUCGUGGUACCAGAGCCAAGAGACUCCUUGCAGCGGUCUCUAUCCAACAUGCAAAGUCAAGGUAUCGCGUCCUUGACAGAUUCGAGCCAGCGAUUGAGCGCCACUACGACCGCUGCGUCAACAUCAAUCUCACGACCUUCGGCUAUCACUACAAACACAAUCUCAUUUGACACGGUGCCGACGGCUCAAGUGUCAGGCUCUUCGAAAGAGGAUACUCUGAAAGCCAAGAAGAGUUUCUUUGAACGGCUAGGAAGACGGAAGGAACUUUCAGAAGAUGAGAUUAGGCAAAGAAUGGUGCGUUGUGUUGGUGAUGGGAUGGGGAGCUGA